AUGGUGAACGUGUUUGCAAAGACGAUUGCUGAUGACCCUAAGUACCGCGGGGUCUUGCCGGCGGAUUUUCUUCACGGUUACGCGUCGGCUGCUUACCAAGUCGAGGGAGGGGCGUCCGAAGGAGGUCGAGGCCCAUGCCUCUGGGAUGUGGCUCUGCAAAAGUAUCCCGACAACGGCGAGGAAGCUUGCAUGUCCUACCAUCUAUGGGAGGAGGAUAUCAAAUUGCUUCAGCGAUACGGGGCCAGGUCCUAUCGCUUCUCCAUCUCAUGGUCACGUAUUAAACCCCUGGGCGGAAAGGACACCCCCAUAAACGAGCGGGGAGUCGAAUACUAUAACCACCUGAUUGAUGGACUUAUUAGAGCCGGGAUCGAACCCACAGUCACCCUGUUUCAUUAUGACACUCCUCAGGCGCUACAGGACCGGUACAGGGGUUUUGCUGCCGUCGACCCUGCUGAGCUGAUUGAAGAUUUUGUGGAAUACGCUCGCGUGUGUUUCCAGCGAUUUGGCGAUCGCGUGAAGCGGUGGCUGACCAUCAACGAACCGUACAUUUGGGCAAUUCACAUGUUUGACCAUCUCGAGAACUGGACAAAGGCUGACUUUAUGAGGUCCGCAACAGUCAAGGGGACUCAAACAGAUGGAUGGGAUGCUUGGGGAGACUUGUUUCUUCGCUUCUCGGACGAGGAGCUGAAACUCGUCCAGGGUUCAUCAGAUUUCUUCUCGAUAAACCACUAUGGCACCAUGUAUGCCACAGGCAAGCCCUACACAGAGGCAGAUUCGAUCGGUUGGCAGACCAUGGACGAGGUGAACAAGACGUGGGUAAAGGAGGGAAAGUUGAUUGGCAAGCGUGGCGAGAACGGCCACCCCCACAAUGUGGGCUGGGGUUUCCGUAAAUUGCUCGUUCACUGCUGGGAGGAGUACGUCAAGAAGCUUGACAUGCCCAUCUACGUAUACGAGAACGGAUUCCCAGUCGAGCACGAGGCAGAAAUGCCUCUGGAGCAGAUCAUUGAUGACAAGGACCGCCAACAAUUCUAUUCCGACUAUAUCCAGGGGCUGUGCGAUGCUGUUCUCGAUCACGGUGUCAAGAUCGAGGGCUACCAUUGCUGGAGCCUGCUCGACAAUCUUGAGUGGACAUGCGGGUACACACCUCGGUUCGGAGUCACAUACGUCGACAAAGAGAACGGCUUCAAGCGAAUACCCAAGAACUCGGCAAAGUCGGUUCAGGCAAUCUGGAACCAUGUUGUCCGCAAGGAAUGA